UGAGUCCAGUAUGGAGGCUUGACGUCGUGAACUGGGAGGGGCGGGGCUUGUGUUGAGUCUCCAGUGGAACACCGACAGAGCCGGUCUGUCUGUCUUUCAUUCAUCGCCGGAACUGUGCAGCUCGUGCAUCAGCCGUGAUACCGUCUACCAUCCUGUCUCCUCUGACUACCGACACCAAGGACACCACCUCCGCCCCUCAUCCGCGGACUGCGUGGGGAAAAUGACAUGGAGCCUGCUAUCGCGCAACAGAGUGCUAUGCUUAUGUGUUUGCGUCAGCGUGGAGCCUUCUGGCAUGAAGCACUGGAGCCAAGGAUCUGCCCAGGAGACAUGAAUGAUUUUGGUGUCCAUGUUCUCGUCACUUGACCAACAGGAUAAUCUUCUGAAGACAUGUUAUUUCAAGAUGAAGAUUGAUACCAGCCUGACUAUGCCCCAGCUCCCAGAGACCCUGUCCCAGGCAGGCCUUCAGUUUGCUGUGGCCACUGAGGAGGACUUUGAUGAAAUCAUGGCAAUGAGCCAGGAUAUCUAUGGCGGCCUUGACUACCUGCCCACUAGAUACACCAGCUGGCUGCAGGAAACCAACCGCACAGUUAUAUUGGCCCGCAAACAGGGAAAAGUGAUUGCUCUGGAGUCGGUGUGUGUGAUUGACAAUGGGGAGACUAUGCUGGUAGAAGGUCUCCGUGUUGCCCCUCAGGAAAGGGGCAAGGGUGUGGCGGGUGUUCUGCUGCGCUUUUGCUGCGAACUUGUCAAAUCCAAAUACCCAGAGGUCAAAGUAACCCGUCUGACCCGUGAUGAUCAGCUUGGACCCAAGGACUUCCAGAAGUAUCGCCUCAUAACCAAGCAGGGUAUUCUGCUGGUGCGCUUCAGAGCUGAAGACCUCAAGCUCCGUCUGUCUGAACUUGGUCUGGCUGGAGACAUCCAAUCGUCUUUGUCCAUCUCCUCCUCUAAUCCUCCUCCGGUGCGCCUUGACCAUACAGCUAUCCAUCGGCUUUAUCUGACCACUGACCUGAUGCAGGGGGUCCUUCCUAAUGCCACCAUUAUUCAAGACUGGCAGCCAUUCAAGCCUAUGCCCAGUAACAUGGCCAUCCUACUGAAGAAGGAUAUUGACUGGAUGGUGGAUGAUGUGGCCAACCCUACCGUGGCCAGCCUCUGUACCUUCCCUUUCAGGGUGCCCAUCGGAGAUGACUGGUAUUACCUGAACAUUGACAUGUUUGGUAAAGACCUGGACCUGGCUAGGCAGCAGUUCUUGUACCACCUGCAGCGCCACACCACCACCCUGAAGGGUCACGUGAUGUGCCAGAUGUUCCUGGAUCCACCACUCUGGAAACCCAUGGCUGAAUUCUGCAACAACACCUUGAGUGUGGAGCUGGUGAAGGAGUACACCGAGCAAUGUGUGGUGGAGUCAGACGUCGUGUAGUUACAGAAGGCGGAUGGAAAAGAGUAGAAGAUGAAGGAGCCAGAAAGGAACGAAGACAAGGGUCUAGACAAAAAGGAACGGACACAACUCAAUUACACUUAACAGAAACACACAACCCUCUAGUCUAAAAAGAUAGAAACCAAGCUAACUAAAUGUAGUUUCUAAAAACCAAAACUUCUAAGAAUGCAGUUUGAUAUGACAAUACACUAACAAAUGCAGAGUGUGGACACAAAAUCACAAACACAUCAUGUAAUCAGUGACAGUAUAUUUGUGACAAAUAGUACAUUUGUAAAGACUCUAAUCUUCAAUUUGUCAUGGGUCUUGAUACAACUUUACAGUCAUUUUCAAGGUCACAGUUUUAAAUGUGUUUCUAAAAUUGCAUGCCUCCUGUACAUAAACAGAGGAGAGAAAAUAACAGUAACAACUUUUUGGUGUCUUCAUGGGUCCAAAGUUUGGACCUGUGGAAACUCACCCAAACACAUUUAUGAAAUUGAUUUUCAUAAAAUGACAGUCAGACCUGAGGAUAAUUACAUCAACGAUGUCAAGACAGUUUGCAAUUGGUGAACGAUCUCUCCCUAUGUCAUCAAAGUGGAACUCUACACAUCCACUCCUAAAACAGUUAAAUGCAACAACAUUGCAAACUGCUGCCAUAAAAAUUACCAUAAAGUUGAAUCAUCACCUUAUUAGCAUACCUUGUAUUCAGGUUUUACUGCAUUGAUUUCAGGUGUUUUUGACAUUGUGUCCACCCUCUGUGUGUCUUAUGACAUGAGAAGGUGUAAUAAGAGAGAUGAGCAUGGGGAAGCUUUCUCACACCGGUAGCAGUGAUGUAACCUAAAACCUUAAAACACUGAACAUGCAAAUGCUGGUCUUUGAAGAAAAGAAAUUCAAGUACCCGUAGGGCAUCUCAAACCUUUCAUCUCUGUUCUUUCUGUAAAUAUGAAACUUCUAAAUAUGUACACAAGCUGAGUUGGGUUACUAAAUCUGCACAACUCUGAAGGCACUUUAAAACUACACAGACAGGUUGUGUCUAUGUUACAAUGAAAAGGAAUAGUUUAGGAUCAAAUAGGGGUACUUUACAGAUCUUUGCAAAACAACAAACAAAGCCUGUCAGUGAAAUGAACAUGCUCAGUCACAAAAUGACUGACAUUUUAUCCUUCAUUACCGUCAAGCUUAUGUCUUAGCUUUUGUCUUUUUUUGUUUGUUUCAGAACUUGGACUGUAUAUAUAUGUUACUAAUUUAAUAUUUUCACUUAAACGCUGCAAUAAAAUGUUAACAGAAAUGAUUAA